GCCGCUGGUGACUGAGUAGGGUGCCUAGGAUGUCUCGCUGUGACAACCGUCCAAGCGUUGAAAGCGUCGUCACGGAUGGCUUGAAAACCGUUCGAUUACAUCUUGGUUUAUCGACGUUCUAUUCGCUAUCCAGCUACCCUUUUUUCUUCUACAAAAUGGCGUCCGACGGCUCGUUCCGCGAUCCGCUCCCGUUCUUUGGCCCAUCCACAAGCAUCCCCGAGCUUACCCGACUCUCGCGCCUCUCCAGCCAAUCGUCUCCCGCCAGCUGUCACUGGAAGCUUUUCGACCGUCAGACUCGCGCUGAGUCGCUCUACCCGCCGGGAGACGAUCGCGGACGGGUAACCGUCUGGUCGCUUAAGAUCUCGCCGUCAGGCAAGCGGCUAGCCGUCAUCUGGGGCUCGACAGUUACCAUUUUGUCGCAUUACGAUGGCUAUUCGGCUCCGGUUGGCAACUUCAGCAUUCCGUCAGAAUCGAGCAGGCAUAGGGUUACCACUUCCACUCAUGUAACCGCGGAGUGGAGUGACGAUGAGAGGGUUCUGGCUGUGGCUGCUUCACACGCUCUCUGGUUGCUGGACACACAAGGGCUGCUGCUCGGCGAAUUGCAUUCUUCCACGUGGCAGCCUCGGGGAUCCACUAUUGCAGGCUGUAUCCUGCGAUCUGCAACUACCUCAGAAUCUACCAAUGCAGGGAAAUCCCUUAGUUCCAGUGCCUACGACAUUAUCUUGGUCUUAUCCCACCCGCGCCCACGCCUCUGGAGAUCCACAGUCACUCUUCCACUGCCUCCCUCUGCUGAGCACUGGGCGAGUUCAGGAGUUUCUUCAGGGGCCGCUGGGAUCUCCUCAGGGGUUUCUUCAGGUGUUGGUUCAGGAGCUUCAGGUGCUGCUUCAGGGGCUUCAGGUGUUAUUUCAGGAGCUUCUGCACCGCGCCCUGGGCGGGUGAACGCGAGGGGGAGGGCGUAUCUGCUUGGGGGGAGGCAUCAGGGGAGCGUAGUUCGCUCGGACUUUCACCCUGUGCUCAGCCUGCUUGCCGUGGCUGGCAUGUGCCCCUCAGUCGGUAAACCAUCCCCCACGCGCCCGCCCACGUCCCUCCUCCUAUCCAUCUGGCACAUCCCCGACCCCCACCACUCUCUGCUACCGCCUUCCUUCCUCUGCCUCCUCCGCUUCGCCCCUCCCCCCCUCCACCCUCCCCAAAUCAAACCCAGCCGUUCGGGGAGACCAGGCUCUGGUUCCGGCUUAGGGUUUAGCUUGGGGGGAGAGGAGGAGGAGGAAGAAGAUGAGGAGGAGGAGGAAGGAGAGGAGGCGGUAGCAGAGGUGCGAUUCUCCCCUGACGGGGGGUCGCUGGCGGUGGUGCACCACCGGGGGGCGCUCUCCCUCAUGCGGAUGUCGGCUAAGGACUCUGAGCUCAUGCUGCUGCCCAGGAGCGCCGGGAGAGCCGUGGCUGUGCCGGCUGGGGCGGUUGUAGAGGAGGGGGAGGAGCAGGGGCCGGGUGGUGGUGCAUGGGAGGGGAUGGGAGGGGCGCGAUUUAGGGUUUCAGGAGGCUCGGCUGGGGAUUGUGUGAACAGUGUCACAUGGCUCAGUGUAGAUACGAUUGUGGUAUCGCAUCGCUCGGGGAGGGUAGCCAUAGCCACAGUGCACGAUCUACGUAACCUCACCGGCCCGUUCCCGCUCGUUUUCGGCCCCCGGGCCGUCCUCUGCUCGUCCAGUCUCCUCGUGCCACGUGGCAGCAGCAGGCCGGGACUGUAUCUGCUAGGAGCUAUUGUCCUAGAGCCUGUCACACGGGUGAUCUCAGUACCAGAUUGGGCUAGGGGGACUCUGGGAAGUACCCUAGGAACUGGGGAGAUUUCUGAAAAUCAGAAAGGAGGCGUUGGUGAGGGAGGGUUGGAGAGCGGCUGGCGGGUUUCGUCUCUUGUGGAGCAGCCGGCGGUGGUCAUGGUGCAGGUGUUAACUGAGGAAGGUAGACUGGGAGACGCGCUUGGGAUAGCACGGGCUGCUGGCUUGCACGCGGACUUGGUGUUUAAGGCUGCUUGGACGAGCAUGGGUGUGGGAAUCGCGGUAGAAGGAGGGGGAGGAGGAGGAGCAGGGGCAGAAGGUGGGAGGUUGUUGGGAGACAGGAGACUCGAUGGUAGGGACGAUGAGAGCAAGGAAGAUAGGAGCCAGGAGGAGAAUGAAGAGGAGGAGAAUAAGGAGGAGGAAGAGGAGGAGGUUAGUGCCAUCACAGACUACUUGUCUCGGGUGUCUGACAUCCCCUGGGUGGUGCGGGAGUGUGUGAGCGUGGUGUGCCGCACUGCCAAGGGCAUGGAGCUGCUGCUUAGCCUGGGACUCAGAGCCACGAGCAGUCUCAAGGAAGAGACGCUUAAAGUAGCUGCUGCUGCUGCUGCUGUGGCAGCAUCAGGUGAUGGAGCAGGAGGAGAAAGGGUUGCAGGGGGAGGAGCAGGAGCAGCAGGAGGGGCAGGGGUUGCAGGGGGGGGAGCAGGAGCAGCAGGAGGGGCAGGAGGAGGAGCAGGAGGAGCAGGGGUUGCAGGGGGAGGAGCAGGAGCAGCAGGAGGGGCAGGAGGAGCAUUGAUUGUAGGGGCAAAACCAGAGACAGGGGCACAAGCAGCAGCUUCGGGAGAUACUGUGACAAUGGCGAGUGUGAAGCUAUCAGGGGUCAAGCUGGCUCUUGUUCGAAGCCGGUUGCAUCUUUUGUCCUUUCGUGACCGGCUACAGAGCUACCUCGCCCUCAACAUGGGUCGGUAUGACCCCAAACAGUACCGCAUCUUUCGUCUUCUUCCCCUCCAGUCUGCGGCCCAGCGCUUUGCCUCUGCCGGCCGGAUCUCAGCCCUCCACAUCCUGCUACAACGGCACCCCUUCUCCCUCUCCCCUCACCUCCUCUCCCUCCUCUCCUCCCUCCCAGAAACCCUCCCUCCUCACUCCUACCGAGCCAUACUCCCUGGGGCUUCCCCCCCGUCUGUGUCGCGAACCAGAGGGGCAGAUUGGGUGGAAAGACAGGGGGUGCUGGAGAUGAUAGGAGCUGUACUGGCUGUAGCAGCUACAGAUUCAGGUGCAGGGAAGCUUGUUAAAGCUGGAUCCGGAUUGGCUGUAGCCUUCGCUACAGAAGAGGUGGUGUUUCUCUUUCAGGGCUUUCAGUAUCCUUCCAAGCCUGCGGUACAGGCUUGGUACCUCUCCCGAACCAGAGAGAUUGAGGAACGGACGGGCCUGCUGCAGCAUGCACUCGCUCUGCUGGACCUAGGCUUGGCAGCAGGUUUGGCGGAGGUUCGGAAGGUUAUGGAGGACUAUGCUGAGCUGAACAGAGUGGUUUAUGGGGCGUGCGGGGCAUAUAGUAAGGAGGACGAGGAAGGGAGGGAGGAGGGGGAUGAGGAGGGGAGGGAAGGAGAGGAUGGCAGGAAAGAGCCAGAGGACAAAGAGAGGGGGAAAGGGGAGGGGAAAGAGGAGGAGCGAGAGGAGGGGCAGCAGCAACAAUCUACCCUCACUUCUGUUUCUGCCCCCUCGGUCGCCCUAAAGCGAGCCGAGCUCACACUUUCCAUCUGGCUACAGCUCCCAGUAAUCGAACGGUUCAGAUUCGUUCUCGGGCGGCCCCAGCCCUCAUCCAUCGUCUCACGCCUGCACGAGCGCGCCCUGCCAAUCCUGUUCCGCCACCUGGCGUCCCCACAGGAGGUCUGGAGCCUCCUGGAGAAAUGGCUGAGGGAAGAAAUCGCCCCUGUGAAAGGCAGAAUGGCGGUUUUCUCUUCCGUUGUCGCUGAAAUGGCUAAGGGAAAGCACGGCUGCCUGUCUCUCACAAACUCCACUGUCCCCUCUCCCUCCACUACUCCCCUUCCCUCCUCCUCCACUUCCUCUUCUCCCUCCUCGUCUCCCUCUCCCCCUUUCUCUCUCUCGGACCUCGCCUCCCUCUCCCUCCACUGCCUCCCCCUCUCUGCCUCCACCUCUGAGUGGAGCUCCAUGGCCUUCUUGCUCCGCUCCAUUUUAGACUCUCACAAAACCGCAGCCCUUGCAGAACAGCAAAGCGCUAGAGCCCCUGCUGCUGGUGCAGCUGCUGGUGCUGCUGGGGGGAGGGGCAGGCGUGGGGGAGCUUUGGCCCGAGCCUCCGGCGCAGGCUUGGAGAAGCUAGGUUCGGAGCAGCAGGAGGCGGUGGCGAGUGCACUGCUAUUGGUGGAGGCAGGAGCUGUGCUUGCCACGUAUGAGCUCCCCACACCCUACGCAUCCCUUGUCCAAUCACGGAGCGACACGUCAGCAGCCCUCCACCUCCUCCGCAGCCUCCUCUCCGCCUUUGCCCGCCGCCAACCGCCCCCGGAGGAUCCUGAUUGGCUGGAUCUCUUCCGCCACGUCAGCACACUGAAACACUCGUCUUUCCUCCCCCUUUCCCCGGACUCCCUCCCCGCGGAAAUGGCUCGAGUGUUGCUGAGGGAAGGGAGGUUCGCUUUGGCCAGGCAGUUUCUGGGCAGUGGGGGUGGUGGGGGGAGAGGGAGGGGGGAUGAUGUGUGGCUGGAAGGGGAUGCGGUGUUGAGUGAGGAUCUGGUGGAGGCUCUCGUGAUUGGGGCAGCAAGAAACUUUUUCUACUCGUCCACGACACUCGAUUCUCCAGAUAUUCACAGCGCGUUCGCCUGUCUGGACAUUCUCCCGCGCAACCCAGCAGCAGCAGCCGAGCGCCGCCUCUUCUCAGCCCUCGUGGUGGACCUCCCCGCCUGCCACCUGCACCUGCUGCCACUGCAGCUGCGCCAAACCCGCGACCGCCUCGAUAUCAUACACCAAGUGCUCAACCUCUCCCCCUUCCCCUCCAUCCCCUCCGUCACCUCCUCCUCCUCCUUCUCCUCCUCCUCACCGUUCACCCCAGUCUUUUCCAUUGAUUUGGCAAGCACAGGUGCGCCUGAGAUCCUCACCCUUGCUUGGAAAUUAGGGCUGACGUCAGCAGCGGAUGAAGGGAGGGUGCUGGAAGCUGUGGCUAGGGCGGCAGCAGCGAGGGCGGAUCUGAGGACGGCCAGACUGGUGGUUCAGGAGCUUAUGGGUCGGAAUUUUGCAGGGAUUUGGGAUCUAUGUGCGGCUUUGGCUAGGGGACCUGCUAGGGGGCAGGUGUUGGAGAGGAUAGACAGGAGUGAAGAUGGGUUGAGCAGUAGUGGCAGCAGUAUGAGUGGGAGUAGCAGUGGUACUAGUCUUAGCGCCAUGAUAGGAGGAGCAGCAGCAUCUGCCACUGAUCUUUCUGCUGAUGUCAGCAUGGAUGAUUCCGCCAGCAGCGCAGCAAGCACUGCUGACGUGGACGCUGCUGCAGAUGCUGACGUGGAUGACGGCUCCGAUGACAUCAGCAUGCCGAUACGGAGGGAAUUUUUAGGGUUUGCUCUGGCCCACUGCGAUGAAGCUUCCCUCCCGGACCUCCUAGCCUCGUGGCAAGGCUUGGACGCCACAGAACGGUGCGUGGCGCUAGGUGCGGCGACAGGCUUGGUAGUCCCGGGCCUGAGGGAGCAGGAGGCUCUUCUCCCGGACCUAGCUGCAGGACGAGCCUCGGGCAAGUGGGAAGGUACGGAAGUGCUGGUAAUUCCCGAAGCUGCUACAGCCGUUGCAGCUGGUGGAAGUGGCAGCAGGGGGAAGGGUGGGAGUUGUGGUAUUGGUGUUGGGAGAAAGCUGGCUAGUUUGGGUGGGGGGCGAGGGGCGAUAGGGAGGGAUGUGGGGCGGAGGGCACUGGCGCUGGUGUCUAGUGAUGGGGAGGCGUGGGGGAUCAGGCAGUGGGAGGAGGUGCCUCGCCUGCUGCUGCCGUUCGCAUGCCUUCACCUGCCGUGGAUGCUCCAGGUAAAAACCCGCCGCGCCGCUGCUGCUGCCGCAGCGGCAGCUGCUUCGUCGUCUGCUGCUGCUAGAACAGGAGCCGCAACAGCAGCAGCAGGUGUAGGAGGGGCAGCAGGAGGGGCAUCAGCGGUGGCGGCAGCGGCAGCGGCUGCUGAUCCGAUAGUGGAGCAGAUCGUGGUGCUGAUUCUCCACGUGCUCGCAUCGUGCCAGGUGUCACCUUCCGAUAAGCUCCUGAUCGAAGCAGCCCGGAGCGCGUUAACCGCGGGAGACAUAGUCUCUGCUGCUGCUGCAUCAGCAGGGUUAGGGGGAACUGCAGCAGGGGUAGGAGGAACAGCAUUAGCAAGAGGAGGGGGAGCAGCAGCAGCAGCAGGAGAAGGAGGGGGGGAAGCAUUAGGGGUAGCAGGGGCAGGAGAGGGGAGGGAGGCCAACCCUACCGCCGCUGUUGCAGCUGCUGAGGUGGCAGCGUGCGAUUCGCUGGCGAUGGCGUUCUUGUUACAGGCUGGGGACGCAGUGAGAGCAGCGGGUGUGAUAGACGCAGAGAUGGCGAAGCGGGAGGGGGCGGAUGCGAAGCGGCGAUUCGUGUUGCUGCUGCUGCAGUUCUCAAGCCUCCAUGCCACGCUCUUCCUGCUGGCUUCUCAGGCCAACGAGGCGGCCUUUGUCGGCUCGCUGCUGCUGCUGCCCCCAGUGCUGCUUGCUGGUGUGGCAGGGGAAGCUUCCAGGAAGGAGGAGCAGCUGGGGGAGACAGGGGCGCUGGGGUCCAGGCCAGCAGUGAAAACCUCUGCCCGAGCCCGCCAGCUGUGCAAGCGGUGGUGUGAGGUGGCGCUGACGAUGCAGGGGCGCCUGCGAGUGGUGGAGGACACGCGGGCGCUGAGCGCGCUGCUGCCCCACGCUGACGUGGCACGCUUCGUGGCGCGUGACGUGGCGUACAUGGAGGCCGCUAUCGCCUCAUUGGUCGACACUGCCAACACGGCCAGCAACACCGGCAGCACCAGUAGUGCUCCCAGGGCUUCCAAUAAUGCUGCUGUGGCCAAUUCUGAUUCACUCGGCCCGAUGCCGCAGGCCCUUGCUUCUGCCCUCUCAUUGGCUGAGCUCUACCAUGUUGACAGCUGGCAGGUUCACCUGACCUAUGUCCGCUCCGUGCUGCUCUCUGAUUGGCCCGAGCAAGAUAUCAUUGCUGAGGUGGAGGCACACAAAUCCGACAUCUGUACUCGCCCCACUGCAGCCUUCUCCUCCCUCUGGUCCUCCGUGCUUCCCCGCCUUCUCACUCAAAUACAGCCAAAACUACACACACAGACAUGCCCCCCCACACUCCCCAUCCUCACUCCCUACCUCCUUCGCCUCCUCUCCCACUGCCUCCACGCCACCCUCUCCCCUUCUCCCCCUUCCUCCUCCUCCCUCAUCCCCUCCCCUCCUCUCUCCCGCCCUCUCGCACUCCCUCUCCCUCCCUCCCCUGUCACCGCACUCAACACCUUCCUAUCAUCAGCACAGAGUGCCUCCUCCCUCGCUCUCAGACUCUCUCUCUUGGCAAACCAGAUUGAGAAGGCAGGGGCGCUUAAGCCCCCCUUGAAUGGGUGGGUCCUUCUGGGGGCGGCUGUUUCUGGUGCAGGGGUAUCUGGAGGGGGAGAAAGUGGGGGCGUUGCUAGUUCUGGCUGUGCAGCUGCAGCAGCGGCAGUGGCAGGAGGGGAUGGUGAAGUUGCUAAGGAGGUGGAGGGAGCGGUUGAGAGGGAGGUAGAGCGGUGCUUUGACGGGUCUUCAGUGCUUGCUGCUGCUGAUGUCAUCGCGACUCUCACUGCCGCUUCAGCAGCAUCACCUAACGCAGCAGGGCCGGCAGAGGCAGGAGGUUUAGAAGACCCAGCCAUACAAGGCCACUUUGACCAGGGGCACCUGCUGUGGCUCUUUGCUAAGAGCCAGUUGCGACAGGCUGGCGUGCUCGGAGAGAAUAACAGUGCCGGCGGCAUGAAGGAGGGACUAAGCCUAGAGGGGCUCCAGUCUGCUCGGGUAGCCAUGUCUGGGUUCUUGCCUCUGCUUUUGGAGGGAAAGCGGAGGGAGUUUACUGCCCUGCUGCUGCAGGGAUGCGAGCGGCUCAUUCUGCAGAGUGCCUUGAGCGAUUGUGACAGAAAUGGAAGUGAUUCUGGAAGAGGUGGUGCUAUUAGCGGUGGUAAGGGAGGGAGGGAAGGGAGGGGGAGAGGUGGGAGGGAUGGAGGAGCGGUUAAGAGGGGUGUAGAGCUGUGGCUUGAUGUUGUGGGCGAUUGGAUGGGGUGUGGUGGUGGGAGAACGGAGGAGAAGGAAGAGGAGGAGAGAGAGGAGAGGGAGGAGAGGGAGGAGAGUGUGGUUGAGUGUGGGAGGUGCGUUCAGAAGCUGUUGACCAAUGGGGUCGUGACACGUCAGCAAGGCGUGCUGCUGCUGCGGUUCCUCUCUGAUUCGCUGCUGAAUCCAAAGGGGGGGCCUCAGAAUUCAACCUCUGCUGCUUGCUCCUUACCCAAUUUUUUAAUGCGCCAGAUGGCCACACACGGCCGCGACAGCUGGCGGCUCCCCACUGGUCGAAAAAGUCGAGCCCGGCUUACAGCAGCAGCCAAUGGGGGGGUGAGUGGAGCAGGUAGGAAAGCUGGGAGAGGAGUAGCAGCAGCGUCAGGUGCUGGUUCCAGGAAGCUUCCUGGUGAUGCUGGCAGUGAGACCGGGAGCACGGGCGGCGAACAGGAGGAGUUGGCCAUGAGUGACGUCAGCAGGGCAGAGAGUAGGCGGGGAAGAGGUGCGAAGGGAGUGGGAGGCAGGGCGGGUAAGGGUGGUAAGAUUAGGGAUGGGAAACGUGUAGAUGAAGGGGAAGAGGAGGAGGAAGGAGGGAAGGUGGAGGAGGACCCGAUGGAUUUGUUUGCUUCUAUGGGCUUGGUUUCCUCUGCUCCUCGUUCUGCUGCUGCUGCUCCUGCUUCUGGCACUGGUAAGGCAGCUGCUUCCAAGAAGAAACCUCUGGUAGUCUCCAAACCUGCUGGCAGGCUCGGGGCGGUCCGAACCAGAGGUUCGACAGCUCUGGCUGUAGCUCCUGCCGAAUCGGAAGCACAGGCACGGAAGCAGGGGGGCAUGUCACCUGCUGCUUCUGGUUCACAAGCAGGCUCGGGAACAGGCUCGGCCCCAGGCUCGAUGCAUGGCUCGGUGGAAUCACUCCCAGACCUGGCAGCAGGCGCUGUCUUAUCCCCAGUUCCAGGUGGUCGUUCAGGUGAUUUUUCAGGUGCCGUUUCAGGUGCCGUUUCAGGUGCCCUGUCUGUUGGAGUUACAUCUGGGGAGGGCGGGCAGAUGACUAUGGACUUUGCUGCAGGUGCUUCUGGAGACGAAGCCCCUGUCUCCUCCCCACAGCCUCAACCACUGGCUCCCCCUGCUGCUGCUUUUGCUGCUGCUGAUGCUGAAGCUGCUGCUGCUGCUCCAGGUGCUUCCCGCCCUGAAAUCAGCAUUUCGGGGCUUUACUUGUCAGUCUUGAAAGAGAUCACGUGUGGGAAGGUACAAGAUGGGGAGGAGGGGGCGCAUCAUCCAGACAGGCUUGCUCAGGCAGUCAUGAGGGUGAUUCUCUCGCUGGUAGAACCAAGGGUGGGGGACGCAUGGCAGGUACUGAGAGAGGGAGAAGCAAGCGAGGCAGGUGAGAGGGAGGAGGAGGAGAACGGGUGGGGGUUGGGUUCUCUAGAGGAUGAGGGAGAUAAUGGGGAAGGUUUUACUGGGGAGGAUGAGGAGGAGGAGAGCACUCGGGAGCAUUUUGCGCUUCUUUUAGCUGGUGUUAGGAGUGCUAUUUGGAGGCAGCUGGUCCGCUUGGGAAGCAAGCAAGGGGAGGGUGCAGGUUCCCACCCAUUAAGUGCCACCCUAAGUGCCACAAUUAGAGGGGUGGUGCUGGAUGCAGUGAGGGCUGUGGCUCCAGUUUCGUCAGACCUAUCAGCACCUGCCACGUGGCUCUCAGAGAGAGGGUAUUUCAUAGAUGCUGUAGGGCUUGGGGGGAUGACGAGGGGUGUGGAGGGGUGCUGGGGAUUGUGGGAGUUGGAAGAGGGGGGAGAGGAGGAGGAGACAGAGGAAGAGAACAGUGCGGGAGGCCUUGCUAUAGACAGGUGGCGAUGGACUGCCCUGCGGUCACGGGCAAUCGUGCAGUCUGAUUGGCCGGGAGCGGUUGCUGACGUGGUGCCGCUGUUGGAUGACGCAGCAGCGGACGGUAGCUUCGGGAGCAUUGGCUCGGCUGUCGAGUCUUUCAAGCGAGCUUUCUUCAUGCUUGAAAUGGGGGCAGACGAGAGGGGAGCGGGGGAGAGGGGCGCAAAUAACAGGGGGCAGGGGGGGAGGGGGACAGGCACAUUGCAUACUCAGACUCAGCAUCAGCAGCAGCAGCAGCAUCGUCAGCUGUCCCUCUUGGCUCUUCUCGCCCUCUGGGACCCACUUCUUGCUCCUAAAUGGUGCCAUCCCACGGCCACUCCAGGCGCUGCUGCUGCUAGUGGGUCCUCCUCCUCUUCUGCCGCUGCUGCCGCAGCUGCUGCGGGGCUGCAUCCGCUGCACGAUUGCUGGUUCCUCCCACUCCGUCGCUGCGCUCUCUCAGUGUCACAAGCUGGCGAUCACAGCAGCAGCAGUGGCAAUCAUGUAGAGGCGGGUGUAGCAGCAGCACGGGCGGACCUUCUCCUGCCGUCACUCCUCCUGGCUGCUCUUGACGCUGCCGCCUUUCUUCCGUCUGGGAAGCGAGCCGCUGGCAGAAUGCUGCUGUCUCGAGACGAAGCAGAGCAGCUCCUAUCAGACACCGCUGCUGCUGGGAGUAGCAGCAGUAGCAGCAGUACCAGGACUUGCAGGAGAGAUGGCAGCAGCAACAGCAAGGGUGGUGGUGGGGGAGGAGAGGAGGUAGGCCCGAGUGCGGCCUCUAGAGCUGCGUUGUUCAUGCUGAAAAUAGCCCUUCUGCUUCCGUACCCCCAGAUUUGGCUGCAAUCAAUGCAGCUGCUUAAAGUGGCUGCUGCUGCUGAGGCUGAUGCUGCUGGUAAGGGGAGAGCCAGAGGAGGGUGGGGCGAAGGGUGGGGGGGAGAUGAGGAGGAGGAGGAAGAGGAUGAGGAAGAGGAGGGAUAUGGUGAUGAGGAAGAUUCGUUCUAUGAUGAGGAUUAUAGUGAUGAUGAUGGGGGGCGGGUGGGAACCCGUCGAAGGAAGGGAGGGCAAAGAGGGAGGGGAGGAAAGGAGCACAGCCCGCCCUUGGAUUAUGAGGCUCUGACGCUGCUGCUGGCGGCUGACAUCGUGAGACAGAUGGCGGAUGCUCAUUCGGCGGUGGUUCGGCCGCUGCUGGGAGCCAUGGCUCGUAUUAUCCCCCCUCUGGCUGUCAAGCUGCAGCAGGAGAGAAGAGGGGAGAGAGAAGGGGGGGAGAGGGGGGAGGUGGAGAGAGGGGAGGUGGAGGGGAGGAAGGGAGUGAGAGGGAGUGAGGAGAGGGAGAAGGAAACGAGGCUUGGAAGAGGGAUGGGGGAGAGGGAGUGGGUGGAGGAUGAUGAGGAGGAAGAUUUCGAUGCGUGGGACAGUGGUGGUGGUAGUGGUAGUGGUGCUGCCGGGUUGCAGAAGGGGAGUGAGCAGCAGGGGGGGCAGAGGAAAGGCAUGCUGGGCUCGCUGCUUUCUCAUAUCAGCGCCCUUGCACCUUUGCCUGGUGGGGACGGGGACGGUGACAGUAACGAAGAGGAUGAUGACAAUAACGAGUAUAACAGCAGGAGGUCUGGGGACAGGAGCAGGGGUGAGGGGAACAGCAAGAGAGACCAUGCGGAAGCAGCAAUUGUGAGUGCUGCUGGGAGCAGCACACGCAACAGCAGCACACUUCCUCCUCCUCUCUACCGUACAGCCUUCCCCCAUUUUGUCGCGUCCCUCACAGCAGCGAGACAGUACGAGCUCGCCGCCCCGCUCGCCCUGCAGUUUCUGGGCAGGCCAACUUUUUCCCGCGACUGGGCAGCUUCUCGGGCAGCCCUGAAGGAAUUUCUGGUGGGUGAGCUGAGGGCUGUGGAGGCGGCAGGAUCUGGGAAGGUGGAACCGGGGCAGGUCGUAACUGGUGUUACAACUCCAGCAGAUCGAUCGAGAGGGGGAUUGCAGCAAACUGGGGUUUCAAGAAGUGAUACUAAGGAGAGCAGUGGUGGUGGUUGUGACUAUAGCGAAGGGGAGUUCCCGUAUCUCUCUGGAGCGUUGUUUCACAUUAGUGUCAACCUUCCGGACGUGUUGCUUCUCGGGUUGCAGAUGUUACAGAUUGAUGGUUAGGGGUUCGUUCUCUCUAAUACUCCAUUAUUUCAUGGGUAAAAUGCUAGUGCAGCUAACAGAUUUCCCUGGUCAAAGCUUGUGUUCUUUGGUUGACAGCAAACAGAUUUCCCCCUCGCUUUAGAUCAAACAGCAUCUACAGGCGGUAACAAGUUCCGAUGUAAUUGGUUGAUAUAU